AUGAUUGACGUAAACAUAAGUCCUUUCUAAUACAAUAGGGAUAGAUCUUUCAUCAUUAUAGUAAUGUUGAUUUUGAUGGCAAAUGCAAGCUACAUGAUGAUGAUACCUCUUUUUCCCCCAUUAAUAAAAGAAAAGGGGUUCACUGAAGCUGGAAUUGGAAUUAUUAUGUGUUUUUACCCACUCGGAUGUAUACUAGCUUCUUGGAAGUUGGGUAAAAUGCAUAGUACUAAAAACAUCAUUUUUUAUGGUUUGAUUGGAUAGUUGAUAAUAUCCAUCAUUUUGGGGAUUUCAUAUUAUUUGAAUGGUGCUCUCUUUUUUAUUCUUUCAUCAAUUUUAAGAUUCUUCUAGGGAAUUGUAAAGCAAUUUAUUAAAUAUUUAGUCAAACACCAUGAUUUAGGUUCCUUCAUAUUCGAUAACUGGACAUUUGUUUUCAGAACAAGUUUCAGAAAAGAUUGCCAAAUUGGAAAUGGCUUGCAACUUUGGUUUAGUUUGUGGCCCUAUGAUAAGUGGUGUUCUAUUUAUUCUAGCAGAUAUAUAUAGCUUUAAUACUUUUCAAUACUCCUUGUAUUUCGUUGCAUUUCUAUACUUUUUCAUAGCCAUUUGUGUUGUAAUGUUUCUGGAUGAGAGGAUAUUCAACUUCAAUCAAGAGCAAUAGGAAGUUUCAAUCAAUUAUUAUGAGGUGUUUAAAAUUCAUGAAUUGAAUGUGACUUUUACUUCAUAUUUCUUCCUAGGAGUAACUGCUUAAGCAUUGCGUACUUAUUUGGUAAUCUAUAUCAAUUAACACUAGUCUGUUUAAUUGUUGGAAGUUUAUGAACUAGAUGAUGCAAAUUCUUAAUUCCUUUUUAUGAUUUACACUAUUGUAAGCUUUUUUGGAGCUUAUUAUAUAGCCGAAUAAAAAAAAUACACUUUAAAUUAGCUUUACACUUACUGUCUCUAUAUUGGAGCUUUGAGUCUUCUACUCUAUGGUCCAUCAAUGAUAGGAUUACCAAAGUCUAUUUACGUUAUAUGUUUUGCUGAUAUCAUAAGAGGAAUUGGAAUUGGAUCAGCGUAAUUCAAUUAUUAAUUUCUAGUCCUGCCAUUAUAAUGCCAUUGAUUGUGCAAAUUAUGGAGAAAUUUAAACAUAAGGAUUAAGCAGCAGAGGUUGGUUCAACUCUUUUGAUUGCAGGAUGGUCAUUAGGAGAUUUAAUUGGACCUAUUAUAGGAGGAAUAUUUAUAGAUUAAGUUGGUUUUGAUAAAACUAGUGUAAUCAUGAGUGGAGCUUUAUUUGUUAUAGGCUUUGUAUAUUAAAAAACCAGUCAUAUCGAUUAAGAACAAUCAGGAAUAGAGAUGCAAAUUCUAAUUCAUUGA